AUGCUACGCAUAGACGAGCUCGAGGAGGUGUAUUCGGAACAGCUACUUAGCAACUUGGACACUAUUGAAAUGAGCAUGAUGUUGGCGGAAUCUCUAGCUAAAAGAAAGCAGAUUGAGAUGGAAGACAGGAUCAGGAGCACCCGAUUAAGGAAGCCCUCAUCAGCUGAUUUGAACCUUCUUGAGCAAGAGAACAAUGUAAUCACUCACAUCAAUGACAGCCUAUAUAGAAGUGAGUUGUCGGACAGUAUGCCUAACAAGGCAAUCGCUGAAUCGAUUGAGCCAGACACUUCUUUGCACGAAUUACCAUCAUCAAUGUUAGAGCCACUUCUUUCACUUAAAGCCUACAAAGCAAUCUCGUUGGCUCCUGGAAUCGAAACGAAAGAUUGUGGCCGUAAGCCAUUCAAUUUGCGCAAAGAAAAAUCAAAGCGUCCACCACUGUCCGACCCCAAGGCACGACUACGCAAUUAUGAGCGCCGUAGUCGAUACAAGCGAGAACACAUUCUGUUGAAUAUGAGGAAGAUUAAGGCGGCAACGGAGACUCAAAUUCGCGAUUUGUGCAUAAAUACGAAGUGUGUGAAUCCGUUAGUUGCUAAAUUUGUGGAACUCUCCAAGGAAGCAACACUCCUUGCAAACCACAAUUAUGAACUACGCAAGGCAAUCGAAAAGCAUGUCUUUUUCCACUUAAUGUUACAACUCGAAUACGAUCACCGCGAAAUAACAGAUAAUUUACUAGCCGAGAAGCUCUUUCCAAUGCUGGACUCUUGGCGUCCUCUAGAUGAGACGAUGUGUCAUCGUCUCAUGCGCGACUCGUUCCUUGAAAUCGAGGCCUUUUCCAAUAGUCAAGAUUUUAUUGCGAAUGAUUUAGAGCUUUGUGGCUGGCAUGAGAAGCGCAUGCUUGUUGGUACUAAUGUCAACUUUAUGUUUCACAAACACUUUGCGAAAAACUGUAGUGACGAUCUAGCGGCACGUAGCUGGGCAAUGCGAGUUGAGCAAGAUCAAGUAACGCGCUACUUUGGUCACAGUCUUAACGUCAAGGUUAAAGUACUACAGCGUUACAAGAACGAUGUCGUUGUCGUGCGUCGAAAGAUGAAACACAUGGUAGACGGCUGGGUGCACAACACAAUUUAUCUUUUAUUCCGUACGAAGACGUCGGACGGACAUAUCGUGUGCAUCCGGGACAUGAAUCCCGAGAAUGUGGAAGGUCUGCACGUUUUGACGGGCUAUAAUCCGUCACAGUCUGGGUUCUGGUCCAAAGCUUUUGUCUGGUGGAAAUUUAGAAAACUACCGAAAGUGAAAGGCCAGCGAAUCCGCGGCUUUGAAGUAGAAUAUGGAGGAUCACUGAGCUCGGCUACGUCUGCAGACGCCGCAUUCUGGAUGCGCGAAGUAUUGGUCCUUGCGUUGCGAUGGGAGAAUCUUGUCGUUGGACCUCUACUUACGUUACAUUGA